AAGGGUUUACAGCUUAAAGUUAUUGAAUUGCAAUCGCCACCUUGUGUUUUCUGUUUUAAUAUGUUGAACACGGAUAUCCCCGUUUCGCGUUAGAUUCUUGCAGGGCCCACGCCGAAGAUAGUGUGCUGGACAUUAAAAAGCAACUGCCGACCGAACGCAUUUCCGUCGCCAUGGGUUCAUUAAGGAUCAUGGUGGUAUCUCAUGUCUAAACGUAAACCCACUGGCAGUGAGCUCGUCUGAACGAUAUCGUUGUGUAUUUUAUAUUAGUUAUCUUGUUGAUUGUCGAUGUAUACCCGUCGAAUUAUCUCAAUGAAACCGGGCGACGUUAUAACGAACAUUAAAAGCAGCUAUACGGAGCAAAACUGUUGAAAUUAUGGCGGCGAAAGUGAGGAAUAGGAACGUACUGAUCGAAGUACGUGGCAUAGCAUCACGUGGGGAAAACCAUCCGCUACCAGAGAAGGCAGAAGACCCGUUACCAUUUCCCUACAUAGACACUGUUAAUGAAGCCAUUUCCAGUUUCAUCACACCCACUACCAGUGGGAGAUCAUCACCCACCUUAGAAAAUCACAGCUGGUUGUCGGCGUCGAAUGAAUGGACAGCUGGUAACUCAACAGAUAGAAGAAGUUUGUUCUCUUGGGCUGAUGAUGAAUUCGACAGGAGAGCAGCACGUACAGUGCGGCAGAUGUUUGAGGAAAUUGAUAGGAUGCUUUUUGAGGCACACAGUACACAAGGCGUCAGUCAGCAAUUAAUCCAAGAGUGCAAAGAUUGGAAUACAAGAUUUCCCCAUUUAAGAAUACUAGGUUUACAAUUAAUCCAGCCCCAAGAUGCUGGUUUUCAAGUUUACCCGCAGGAAGCGCCGAGGCCGUCCACGGGCAACAUGCUACUAGAUGUCGGUGACAAUGAAAUGGUUGCUGUCGCUACGACAGACACUCAGGGACUUACAAUUCAGGGUCACCAUCUAGAUGCCGUAGUGGCACCCACAAAUACAGACACUAGAACGACAUCACCAAAUCAUCAGUUCGCGCACCUUGAAGAAGAAAUAUUUGAAAGUGAUGGAUGUAUAGAAGAAUAUCUAGCCUUUGAUAAAAUUGCAGAUGAUGAAGUUAUUGAACAGAAAAAAUAUCACAAUCCACGGCCGCGAAGGCUGGGGUUUCCACCAAUCACACCCAAUGCAUGUUUACAAGACACCAUUAAUAAUCAAGUAUUUGAUGCGGCAUGGAGUGAAAUUAUCACAUGGUUACGGCCGUUGGUUAAAAAAUAUGUAGAUAGAACUUUGGCAGAAAAUGAAGUGACAAGACAAAUUGAAGAGAGCGAUCUAUUAUCACAGCUUGGUCCACUAGAAAAUGUUUAUAACCUUCCCUCUCCUCCGUUGUCAAGGGGAUUUCCCAAAAUGGCAUCAAUACAAUCAAGUAUGAAAUUAUCAAAGCCCAUUAAUUUAGCAGACGUCAUGCAGAUAGGCUCUAAAACAAUCCAUACAAGGAAGGGAAAAAAUGACGAUGCAUUGACCAAUCGACCUCAUUCAAGUGCUUUAAAUCGUGGUAGGCCAUUAAGUACAAAAUAUCAAGGUCCAAGAUAUAUGAAUAGAAAACCUUUGAAGCCCAUUGGGGAUCGUUCCAAGACGCCCAUGACGGAUGAAUACAGUUUAUUAGCAUUGGGAACAAAACUGAAAACCCCAGCUGACCCACAACGUUUAGGCUCACCACCUCACCCCAGUAUAUCACCACCGUAUCACACAUGGUCAAACAGGUUACCACCAAUAGAAACAGUGCAAGAGGAAUAUUCACCCACGACAAACCUCAAACAUCCAUCUGACACGCCUGCAGUCAGUGUCACUGGCAUCAACAGAAGGUCAUCAACACCGCAGUCAUCACAAUUUGCUGGUUUACUCAAAUCAACUGGUCCCACUUCAGCCAAACAUGGAAAAUUAUUGGCAGGUAUCCAUGGUAUCGGUAUUGGCGGUUCUUCAUCACACAUGGACGUUGGGCAACCUUACUUCAAAGUGUCUUAG